AACACGCGCCUCGCAACCGCACCCGCACCCACACCGACCCACACGCCAACACGCCCCGAACAACACAACCACACAAUCUUAGACGCGCACAGCUCCCGCCAUGCUUUUCUUCAGCUUCUUCAAGACGCUCGUCGAGCACGAGAUCACAGUCGAGCUCAAGAACGAGGUCCAGAUCCGCGGGACGCUGAAGAGCGUUGAUCAGUACUUGAAUAUCAAGCUGGAUAACGCGGAGGCGGUUGAUGAGAUUCGGUGGCCGCAUUUGUGCUCCACCAAGGACAUGUUCAUCCGUGGCUCCGUCGUCCGCUACGUCCACCUGCCCUCGGGCGCCGUCGAUACCGCGCUUCUCGAGGACGCGACACGGAGAGAGAUCGAGGCGACGAAGAGCAAGGCGAAAUGAGGGGUUUCGGAGACUAUGCCGAAUAGUUGAGACAGGGUCACGGCCAUCACGAUGAACGAGGCCGCCAGAUCGCGGACGAUAAAAGUCGCGGUGAAGGCAUUAUAGGAAGAUUCGGUGGAAAAUGUGAUGAUGAAGUCUUGCAUGGCAGCGGAAUUGGAGAGAGAUUCUAUCGUGGAUCGCGAUGGAGAGCAUGAUAAUACCCAUGAUUUAUGAUCACAGCUGUU